UGAUUUUGCGACUUCUUUGUCUCUGUCUUUGUCUUUGUCUUUACGAUAGAGGAUUUGAGGCCGCCUUUGUACCUUAACCCUUCUCCUUCUCGCGAGUUCAGGGGUCCCUUUCAAUUGCUUGGAUGUCUUUGAAAGCCUCAAGAUGAUUUUGCGACUUCUUUGUCUGUCUUUGUCUUUACGAGAGGAUUUGAGGCCGCCUUUGUACCUUAACCCUUCUCCUUCUCGUGAGUUUAGGGGUCCCUUCCAAUUGCUUGGAUAUCUUUGAAAGCCUCGAAAUGAUUUGGUGACAUCUUUGUCUUUGUCUUUGUCUUUACGAGUGGAUUUGAGGCUGUCUUUGUACCUUAACCCUUCUCCUUCUCACGAGUUUAGGGGUCCCUUCCAAUUGCUCGGAUGUCUUUGAAAGCCUCGAGAUGAUUCUACGACUUCUUUCGUUUUUUCAAAUUCAUUCACUUUAAGGUUGGUUCUGAACGUCGUGUACCAUCAUCUUCAAUCAACCUCCAUCGUCUUGUCUUAUUCCACCAUUUCCGUGCCUUCAGGUUUAAGAGAAGAGUUGCAGCGCCAGUUCUUGAGGAGAUCCGCUACCAGUUUCCCUUCUGAGCUCUGCAAAACGGAGCAUUUGACUGAGUUCAGCGGUAGGAGGAUCGCCGUACUCCGGCGGAUAAGACGGUGGUUUCUUGCAGUCAAGAUAAUCGGAAGCAUCGAUAGAAGAGUUGGGGAAUCGAGAGGAUCGAGCGGCGGAGAUCACAAAAAUGUUGGUGGAGCCUCCUCCUUUCCAGGAAGCAGCGCGCUGUGAAGUCUGCAAAUGCAGUUUCAACACCUUCCGACGACGGCAUCAUUGCCGAUGCUGUGGAAGGACGUUGUGCCACGAGCAUUCUUCUUUUCAAAUGGCCUUGCCGAAGUUCGAUAUUCAUUCCUCUGUUAGAGUUUGUGCUGACUGUUUCAAUAACUCCUCUCAAUCUAGAGAAGUUGAUCGACCACCGUCGUUAGCUGUAGUCGAUCAAGUUGCAGAUACAGUUUCUCAAUUAAACCUUGAUGGGAAUGUAAAUUCUGAGCCUAAGUCAGCUGUGGAGCAUCAACCUGCGUUGAGCAUUUCAGAUUGCAAUUGUGGAAUGCCAUUGUGCAUUUGUGUCGCUCCAGUCCAGUCUAUGAAAACAGAAUCUGUUCCUUUGCAGAAGAAAACAGCUUCCACCUCUACUCAGAACAAUUCAAAAGCAAAGAAGACUGAUUCCAAUCUAAGGAAUAGAGGAUCUACCUCCAACAGCAAGCUUCGGAAUCCUGUAUUGAAUAGGAAUCCUGCAGAUGAAUCAAGGAUCAAUUAUGAAGCAAGUGGCGAGGGGUUGAGGGAAGCAAUCAAGAACGGUGACACUCAUGCUGUCAAGAAACUUUUGAGUGAGGGUGUAGAUGCAAAUUACCAUGACAAGCAAGGAUUGUCUUUGCUGCAUGUGGCGGCCGUCUUUAAUCAGACUGAUAUUGUUUUUGCCCUCAUUGAAAGUGGUGCUAGCCUGGACUACAAAAAUGCUCAAGGAGAAACGCCAUUGGAUUGUGCUCCAGCUUGUUUGCAAUAUAAGAUACGAGAGAAGAUGGGAGGAGAGUGAAGAAGCAACAGCCCACAUCACCUAUUAUUCUAGUAAAUACUUCUAUCAUUUCUGCACCACCGCCUUUAUCUUUUAAUUUUUAAGGAACACGCAUGGAGAAUUUUGAAACUAAUUGAGAAACUAAUAUAGAUUAGGUUUGGUUAUAUCGUCGAUGGAUUGGUCGGUCAAACACUCGAUGGAGUCUUUGAAUCGAAGGUUGACCAAGUUGAGUUCAACAACUUGUGGGUGGGGCGUGAUUCAAAUCUUUUACCUUUUGGUGAUAUGUGUUACUCGUUGAGUUGUGCUUAAAUAUUCCAAAGUUGUUGUGCUAUAUUUGUCAAUAACUUUAGUAGAAAGUUCAUUGAACACGCCACACGAUGACGAGACAAUGCCUACGUGGUAAAUUUUAAUUAACGUGACAAAAUUGAACUUUACAUUAUAGUUUGCUUAAA